AUGGAAGAGCGCAAGAGACCCAGUCCCUACGAUCAGGUCGAAUCUGCUCCUCCGCUGAAGAGGCAGGCCACUUCUGCCAAUGGUGCAUCCAAGUCUCACAAGGAUGAUGACAUGCCUUGGAAGGAUGAUCUUGAGAGAUUCCAGAAAGAUGCGAUCUAUCGGCAGAUGCAGGAGUAUCGGAGGGAGAAAAACACCCUUGAAUCACAAUUAAAAGAUAUGCGGAAAAAGGCACGAUAUCACGAUGAUCAUCUCCGGACCAUUGAUUCUUGGUUUCAACAAGUAAUUGAUGAGGUCAAGAUUAUUAUCAAAGGAGAUGAAGACGUAGAUAUGGAUGCUUCGUCUCUGCCUUCUUCCCUCCUCUUCACAGAUCAAGAGCAGUUCGAAGAACAUCUGCGCAGCCGGUCCAAAGAAAUCAAGGCCGUGAUAUCGAGGCUGUUCGGCUUCACCAGAUCGUAUUCGCCUGAUGUAACAACACUACAAUCAAAAAUAUCUCGACUUCUGGCCGCCGAAAAAAGUCACGUGGUCGAGUUGUCAAGGUUGCAGGCCGAGAAAGAGGAUCUUGAAACUCGGCUAGAAAAUGCAUCUUUGCGAUACAUGAUGGCGGAAAAGAAGAUUGAUCGAGCCAAGAGCAUGACAGUGGCCAAACUGGAAAAGCAGGCUCUCCUGGGUGCAACCAAACCCACGUCCGAAGAAGGCGGUCCGGUGAAGCGUGAGGAUAGCACCGUCAACGGAACGACCGACAAUUCUGAAGAGUUGGCCGACAUGGAAAGAGAGUUGAAUAAGACCGUGCUUGUCUCGGAAAAGCAAAAGGAGCAGCUGGAAAGACUGGAAGAAGAAAACUCCAAGUUGACAGCACAGUUGACCGAAUUGUCGACAAAAUCGGCGAUCUUGACGGAUGAAGAUUACGCCAAGACCGAGUUAUUCAAGCAACUGAAAUCGCAGCACGAGGACGUCAUCAAGAGAAUCAACAAUCUUGAAGCCACCAAUGCAGAGCUCAAAGAAGAAGCCCAGAAACUACGGUCGGAGAGGACAACAUUUCAAAUUCAGAUAGAAAAUGAGGCUCGAAUUGCCUUGGCUGAGAAGGAAUCCCUUCUCGCAGCGUCUGAAGCGAAUUUGGCCCGGAUCCGACAUAACCGGGACGAAUUGCUUGCAGAUCAGGCAAUCAAGAAAUCUUCUCUGGAACAGGAUCAAGAGGCAGUGAAGAAAAUUUCGGAGUUGGCCUCUGCCCAAGAGGAUCGUAUCAGAGCUCUUGAAUCUGAAAACGAGCGACUGGCCAUGCAACCAAAUAGCACGGGCGGGGGUAAUACAGAAUUGGAUUCAUUAAAUCUGGACGAAUUGAGAGCCAGAUACAAUGAACUUGACCGAAAAUACGGUCUUUUAAAUGGUGAAUUGGCUUCGAUGUCCACCGCAUUUCAAAAGACGUCGAAAAUUGCCAGCCAGAAAGUCUCCGAAUUUGCCGCCAUGGAGGACAAAGUACAGCGACUUUCGGCAGAAAAGGCCAAAGCAGAUCAAAAGUUCUUUGCCGCUAUGAAGAGCAAGGAAACGCGAGACGGUGAAAUUCGAACGUUAAGGCUACAGAACACCAAGUCCGCAGAAGCGGUGUCUCAGCUGAAAGAAGCCGAAAACGCCACCCGAGCUUUGUUGGCAACGAUGGAAAAGCAACUGUCUGAACUGAAGGACGCAUUAACACUCAAGACAAACGAACAUCGGACGGUGCAGCAACAAAACAUCAUUCAAGGCCUCGAAGUGUCAAGGUUAAACGCCCAAUUGAACGAAUUGAAGAGCCAAUUGACUGCCAAGGACACCCAAUUGGCCACGACAUCCAGCCUCUGUCGUUCCGCCGAGGUAGAGGUGGAAGAGCUGAAAUCUUCACUCAGGGAUACGCGAAGAAGUCUCGAGUCGUGGAAGAGCAAGAGCGGCCAGUCAGAGCAGUAUGAGAUGCUGCGACAGUUUGCAUAUUGCAACAUCUGCAAACGUGCGUUGAAGAACACUGUCAUAAAAACAUGCGGGCACACAUUCUGCAACGACUGUGUCGAGGAACGACUGACUUCUCGAUCGAGAAAAUGCCCGAAUUGCGGAAAGUCGUUCGGCAGCAACGAUCACAUGCGGAUCACCCUUUAG